AUGGCGCCCAUUCACUCGCGCUUCGAGAGCAGCACCACAGAUAUAUGGGUCUGGGAAGAGCGCAAGGAGAAAGCAGAGAAAGCAAAACACGUGCUGAAGUUCAUCGAUGGGGAGGAGGUCCCCUCUGACCCUUCCUCUCCCGUAAUGUCCGACGGUGAGCUAUCUCCGAGUCCCUCGCCCACAUCGUCAGAGCAGGAUCGAGAAAUCGAAAAAUUGGUGAAGGAUUAUCUGACUCAGCGACUUCUUGCAUGCACAGCUGUCACGGUGGCCAGACGUGAGAGACGCGAUAUAUAUGACAUCGCCGCUGAAGAUGACGAGGCAAAUAUCGUGAUGCAGACCAUCCUGAACCAGAAGCUGCUGGAAGUGCAGGAGGCUUGUUCCCAUAUUGAUGGCUCCUCCGAGGCGGGUCCAUCGCGACAGACCCCGAGAUACCCGCCGGGCCUGGGCCUCGAGCGCCGCGAAGAGGAAGAAGAAUCCUUCAGCCAGGCUGGGACGAUCAUUGUCACUUACCCCGCGGGUCCAGCUCCUCCUUCUGACGACAAGAAAAAAGAAGACCUGACCGACAACGACGCCGAAACGGAGACGGGCGAUUACGAGCCGAAAGAGCCCGAAAAAAACGGCAGCCACGACAACGAAGAGGCCGCAGUGAGUGACAGCGAGACUGCGGUUGCAUCUGAUACGGCCGGGCUUUCUUCUCCAAAAGUUGGUGAGCAUGCUCGUGCAAAGCCUCAGAAGAGUGGUCCGAAAAGUACGAAGAAAAAGAACCAUAUCAAGAAGAAAUCACAGAAUCGAAAGAAGAUAAUUGAAACCCGUCGCAAGGCAAAGGCGCGCCAGGACCGAAAGAAGAUCAAGGACUAUGCCAAAUCCGAGAAGGUAGAGGACGAGGCGGCCGAUUCUUCUGCGACUGUUUGCUCUGCCUCUUCGUGUCCCAUUCCGACAAAACGCCAAGCGGACGAAACGGAUUCCGAAUAUUAUACCGAUGAUAGUUUCAAGAUCAUCACCGGUGAUGAACUGCCUGAGUCUGAGCGGCGUCGACGCCGGGAUACGGCCGACGAUGACGAUGCGUCCGUUGUGCCCGAGAGUCAAGAUCUUUCAAAGAGUCAGCGCAAGAAGGAGAAGAAGAAGCGAAAGAAGAAUGCGGUGCGGGAGGCUGUGCGCCUUGCACAGCACACUCUCGCUGCUGAGACCUCAUACAAUCCUUUCAUCCCACUUGCAUCCAUUAGGUCGGAAGCCACGGCAAAGGAACCGCAGGUGGAGCCUGGGCAGGAGAAUCCUGAACAGGAGAGCUCGCUUUAUGUUUCGGCGGUCGAGAAUGCUGCACCCGAAGAUGAACAGUCGAUUUCUCUGGCAGAGAGGCUCUCAUAUGAGGCUCAGAUUCAGCAUGAUGAUCAAGAGCCUGCGGGAACUAGCUCCGAGCAUGAAACUGAACAGGUCGCCGAAGAUACUCGUUCAGAGAGACUGGCUGCGGGUAGCCCGGCGGUUGGUUCGAAUGUCAAUGCUUCGAUCGAUGAUUUUGAGAUCAGUGUGAGCCCCGAGCGUCCUAUGGCGGCCUCAGUAGAGGAGAUCGAGGAAGACAAUCCGCUCGAAACUGGCGCCUCCGUCCAUAUUAUAGAGGAGACAGGUAAUGCCAUCGAGCUUUCUUUCGAGACAACCGCUGUGGACGACUCUAGCGGCUCGACUACCGUGGUCAACGAGCCGGUUAAUAACCCGCUCGCUGGCGAGCCGCGGCCGCGUCCCCCUCCCCUUCCGCCGCGACCCGCCAGAUCGCGUACUCUGUACUAUGCAGAGGGUUACCCGGUUGUCAAUCCGCGAGCAGUGUGGCCCAAUGACACUGCCUUGCACCACCUUCGUGCGCGAUGCGGCUUCCACCUGGCAUGCUGCUACCAUCGGCCGCGAGGUUAUGGCAUGCGUCCUCCUGGUCGGUCGUGCUGCUGCAUGCACCACGCCGGCGAUUGUUGCCAAUGCCACUCCAUGGAGGUAGAGAGUAGUGGAGUCAUCUACCAGCAUUUUGAUGGAACGGUCACCUUGCCCUAUGUACCUGAGCAUCUGCGGAGUCGAACUCCCAGCCCGUCGCAGCCUCCAAUUGUUCUCGAGCGAGUUGACGACCCUUUUGUAGAGGAGCAGGCUGAACCUGGGUUUAAUUCUCGAAUCUUCUCAAAUAUGCUUGCCCGCUUUGGAAGCGUUAUGAAUUCUACCGGACCUGUGACGGCAACGGUCCGGGCUUGGGGAGACGGGCUUCGACGCACGAUGGUUCUUAUUGACGGCCAGGCACCUCGGUACACCGAGGUGCCGUAUCCCGCUCUUCCUCCAGAGUCUGAAAGCGAGGAAUUGGGUGCUCCCACCGUGCUCGGAGAUAUUCGUGAAUCUGAGGAGCCAGGUCAGCCGGAGCAGCACAGUCAUGAAGCGGUGGAGCCUGUGGCGCAGGAAGAUUAUAUUCAGGAAGAGCCAGAAGUAGGACAGCAUGGAGAACACUCGCAUCAGGAGGAACAUGUUCAGGAAGGGACAGAAGCUGAGCAGCAGGAGGUACAUCCGGAGAGUCCACCCAUUCAAGUGAUUUGGCAAGUGUCAUUACCCGGUAAUCUCAUUGAGGAACCGGAGCCGAUCAGCGUUGAAAUCAAUCCGUCAUCUCCUCACGCGUCUAUCGAGACGGCGGCGGAGUUUGAUGUGGGCAAUGAGAAGGAGAACGCGGAGGACAAAGACGAAAAAUCUGAUGGCCAGGUGAAAAAGCUCAACAAUGAGAAUAAGAAAGCGAACGAGUCGCACGAUGGCACUGACAACCAGUCCGACAAACAGCACAAGGAAGAAGAAUCGAACGACGAUGAACCUGAGACCAGACACCCCGUCAUCCGGCCAUAUGUCCCCGGCGAGAUUCGGUCUCAUUCUCAGCCCGCGUGCAAAUCCAAGGAGAUGAUGUUUUCUCGGGUUUCUUCUUCUAAUUCACUGGCUGUGGAACAUACGCGGUUGAUGGUUGCGCCUGUUUUUGUGCAGCAAGCCUGUGGAAAUCUGGAGGGGGAAGGAAGCUGGGCUGAUGAGAUGGAUCGAGAGGCUUCUUCGGCUGCAGAUGCAGAGGCACCUUCGCAGGCUGAAGGAGAUGGAACAGGUUCUGAAGAUAUGCCAAACAAUGAGCAGCAGAGUGGUGAUGCAGAUGAUGCUAGAGGUUCAGGCAAUGGUAAUAGCGAUGGGGCAGAAGGAGGAAGCAAUUCGGCUGAAGGGCAGGAGCCAUAUCAUUUCAACGAGUUCCAGCACAUUCAAUGGCAGGACCCUCGUCCUGUGUUUCAUGGUCCCCUGCUGCCUCAGACACCUGAGUUCUCUUCCUUUCUACCACUCCGCGACUCCCCUUCUCCUCCACAUCUUCACCCUCCACUCAGCAACAUCCAAAUCUACUACUCAGACAAUCUCAUUCUUGCCAGGCCUCUGAUGCCACCUCUUGAUACCCACACCCGCAGGAUGUAUGGCGACACCAGCAUCUCGGACGUGGUGAUCGUCCUGCACUUGGACUGGGCGCCUCUGGCGUCCAUCCCGCACCCCGUCCACAAAUUCAUGGUCCAGAGCAACCCAACUCUACACUACAUUUUCACCCAGCUCAGCAUUCGUGCUGGCGCUGAGGUCAACGAGAUCCACGUCCAUGGCGGUUUUCUAUAUCGCGGCAUGCACGCCUUCGGCAUGGCCCUGAAGCACCUGUACAGCUGGCCCCUGUUGACCAACAACGACGUGCGCGUGUGCACUCUCCAGUCCAUGGGCAUAGAACAGCAGCCGUCCGAGGCUCAUCCCACCGUGAACGCUCUCUAUCUCGACAAGGCCAUGGUUGACUACGCCUUUUUCUACGCGGCCACUGGUGCCUUCCUGGGCUACUCUGAUAUCGUGCAGCGCGGCAUGGACAUUGCUUUCACUAUGGUGUCGUGGGACACCAUCGAGCAGUUCCUCAGCUUCGGCGUGCGUAUCAAAGAAUAUCUCAUCCGCUGCCCCGAUGUUGCUCCCGUUACCACGACUGCCGCCUUCGACUUCGAGGCGCAGAACAAGCAGCUGCAGCGCGUCUGGGGUGAACGCAUGACCAACUACUCGCUGGAGUACGUCCUGCAGGCCGUGGACCCAGACUUCCCUCUGUGGACCAAGGGCCGAUCCGAAAUCGUGCCCGACCGCAUUCCCAUCCCGAUUCGCACCUUGCCCGGUUCGAUGAUGAUGAACCCUGAGCUGCUGAACAUUCGUUUCGGCGACGUGCCCUCCAUCAAUGAUGGCAAGCCCUCCGAGCCCUUCAUUCUCAUCCCGUGCAUCGCCUUGAUCACUCUCCCCUACGCCACCCUGCAGCGUGGACUGGCCAUUCUGCACAAGCGCAAGGCCCUCACCAAUGGCCUUCUGAAGAAGAUCGUCAUCGAGCGCGAGGACCGCCGUGUGCAUGCCAUCCGUUUCAAGAACCAAAACAGGCCUUACCCGCUUGAUCCCAUCCCAGAGGACCAGCUGAAUGAGCUCGGAUACCGUGAGUUCGUGGUCCCGGCUCCGGCCCAGGAGGGUGACACUCCCCAGGCAGCUGCUGAGCGCCCCGGUCUGCUGAAGCGGGAGUGGAAGGGUCUGGAUCCACUCAACAUGGACGACCUGCUCCCCCGAACUAGCACUAACCGGCCUAGGGCGCCUACGGGUGAUGCCAACUAG